AUGACUGACUCCGCGGAGCCUUUGGGGGCCGCUCCGCCGCCCCCUGGAGUGGUACCGGAUUUCGAUAAUCCCGCCGAUGCCGGAUUUUUGGCAGAUCGCGCCGGUCUCCUUACCUUCGCGUCUUUGGCCACUGUCUUCUUCAUACUGCGUUGCUAUGUCAAGAUAUUUAUCUCGCCGCGAAUGAUGGCGGAGGACUGGACAUUUAUGAUCGCAUGGGCAUCACUCAUUGCCUUCAUUUCGACAGUCCUUAUGAUGACGCACUAUGGCGACGGCCACCAUAUCUGGGAAAUUACAAAGGAGGAAUUCACUACGUUACGAAAAUGGCUCUACAUUCGCAGUCUAAUAUUUGGUCCGGCGUCUUACUUCACCAAAGUUACCCUGCUGCUCAUAAUCGCUCGAGUAUUCUCUGUCAGGGAACAGAUAUCCAGGGCUAUAUACAUUUACAUAUGGGUGCUAUUGAUCUGCUUCUUGCCAAUUCAGGUCAUGAAAACCGCAAUUUGCACUCCGAUUCGAGGCUUUUGGGACUCAUCUGUGCACAAUGCUCGCUGCUUGGACCAUCGCCAUCUCUUCGUGGCUGACAGAAGUCUUUCAAUCAUCACCGACAUCUUGAUUUUGGUCAUUCCUAUAGUCGUCACAUGGUCUAUGAACGUUCCAAUUCGAAAAAAGAUCAAGAUCGCAGUACUACUUGGCGCAGGUGGCAUCGCCACUGCUAUAAAUUGCUUUCAACUGUGGAAAGUUGUUCUAUACGCACGUUCCGAUGAUGCCACCUCGGAUAUGGUGGUACUGGAUCUGACCAUUACUGCUGAACUCACCAUUGGCCUAAUGUGCGCCUGUCUCCCACCGAUCAACCUCCUGUUGCAGAGACUCCGGUCGGCCAAAGCCGAUUGCAAUAUGCCACACCCUGAGAAACGGGCCCUAUGGAAACUGGGUAGACUUGAAAGAUCUCACAAAGGGGUCAGUAGUACAUGGGGCGACUCAGUCAUUACGCGCCGUGGGACAACAUACGAUGAUAUGUCGGACGUUGAUGUCGAGAUGGCCAUGUUGACUGGGAGACCUCUCACAGUUGCAUCCGCUGAUGCCUCUAAACACGGAUCCAAUAUGAAUCGUUCACUGAAUUCCCUGGAGGGCCGAACUGAAGGGUGGCUCUCAUCCGAUAUCCAGCGAGAAGAACUUACGCCGUCCGGCAUAUUGGUACCUGAUAGGAUCUGGGAUGGAUUGACGAUAGACCGGGUUGGGCCUCCAAGGAUAGUCUCAGAGCAUCAGUAG